CUCCACAGGUUUGGAAGUUGGUGGCUCGAGAGGCCUGGUCCGAGUGAGGUUUUCGUUCUGUUUUCUCCACUCCCUUUCUUUGGAUCUGCCCACCCUUUGCAUCCCCCUGUCCCCACCCCACGCAGCCUCUAGAACUCGCGAAGGUUCGUAUCUAAAGAAGUAAAAGAAGGUAGUGGAAACAAGUCUCCUGAGCUUUUCUGGCCCUAAAUGGCUGCAGAAUCAAGAAAACCUUCAGCCCCAUCUCCACCAGACCAGGCUCCUGAAGAGGACCUUGUCAUCGUCAAGGUAGAGGAGGAUCAUGAUUGGGACCCAGAAUCUAGCCUGCAUGAAAAUAACCCUCCUGGCCAAGAACUGUUCCGUCUACGCUUCAGACAAUUAUGCUACCAGGAGACUCUAGGACCUCGAGAGGCUCUGAUCCAGCUCCGGGCACUUUGCCAUCAGUGGCUGAGGCCAGAUUUGAACUCCAAGGAGCAGAUCCUGGAGCUGCUGGUGCUGGAGCAGUUCCUCACUAUCCUGCCUGAGGAGCUGCAGACUCUAGUUAAGGAGCAUCAGUUAGAAAAUGGAGAAGAAGUGGUGACCCUAUUGGAGGAUUUGGAAAGACAGAUUGAUAUACUAGGACGGCCCGUCCCAGCUCGUGCACAUGGACAUAGGGUACACUGGGAGGAAGUGGUACCUUCAGAAUCUGCACCAGAACUUCCAAGUACUCAGCUCCACCCUGUGAUAACCCAGCAUAAAUCACAAGGGCCACAGGAGAGAGUCCUGUCUACUUCUCAGAGUCCUUCCCCUUCCCAGAAAGGAAGUUCCAGAGACCAGGAAGUGACAGCUACACUUCUCACAGCAGGGUUCCAGACUUUGGAGAAGAUUGAAGAUAUGGCUGUGUCCCUUAUUCGAGAGGAGUGGCUUCUUGAUCCAUCACAGAAGGAUCUGAGUAGAGAUAACAGGCCAGAGAAUUAUAGAAACGUGUUCUCCCUGGGUGUUGAGACCAGGAAUGAGAACAAGGAAUUAGCUUCAAAACAGGUAAUAUCUACUGGAAUACAACCACAUGGAGAGACAGCUGCCAAAUACAACGGGGAUGUUACCGGGGGUCUUGAACAUGGAGAAGCCCAAAACCUGGGCAAAUUAGAGAGGCAGCGGGGAAAUCCCACACAAGAGAGACGACAUAAGUGUGAUGAAUGUGGGAAAAGCUUUGCUCAGAGCUCAGGCCUUGUUCGCCACUGGAGAAUCCACACUGGGGAGAAACCCUAUCAGUGUAACGUGUGUGGUAAAGCCUUCAGUUACAGGUCAGCCCUUCUUUCCCAUCAGGAUAUCCACAACAAAGUAAAACGUUAUCACUGUAAGGAGUGUGGUAAAGCCUUCAGUCAGAACACAGGCCUGAUCCUGCACCAGAGAAUCCACACUGGGGAGAAGCCGUAUCAGUGUAAUCAGUGUGGGAAGGCUUUCAGUCAGAGUGCGGGCCUUAUUCUACAUCAGAGAAUCCACAGUGGGGAGAGACCCUAUGAAUGUAAUGAAUGUGGGAAAGCUUUCAGUCAUAGCUCACACCUCAUUGGACAUCAGAGAAUCCACACUGGGGAGAAGCCCUAUGAGUGUGAUGAAUGUGGGAAAACCUUCAGGCGGAGCUCACAUCUUAUUGGCCAUCAGAGAAGCCACACUGGGGAGAAGCCCUACAAAUGCAAUGAAUGUGGGAGGGCCUUCAGUCAGAAGUCAGGCCUUAUUGAACAUCAGAGAAUCCACACUGGAGAAAGACCCUAUAAAUGUAAAGAAUGUGGGAAAGCUUUCAAUGGGAACACUGGCCUCAUUCAACAUCUGAGAAUCCACACAGGGGAGAAGCCCUAUCAAUGUAGUGAGUGUGGGAAAGCCUUUAUUCAGAGGUCAAGUCUUAUACGACAUCAGAGAAUCCACAGUGGAGAAAAAUCUGAAUCCUUAGGAGUUUAGGAAAAGCUUCAGUCACAUAUUGAAUAUUUUUCAACAUUCACGAACCACACACUGGUGGAAGGUCUUUCAUUAUAGUAAAAAAUUCAUCAUCAUCAUCUAGUGGCAGAAUCUAUAGUGGUGGCAAAGUUAGAAUAGCUUUUCAGUAGUUUGGGCCCAGUGCCUUGACCCAGGUUGAUUAGCUUGACUGUCUCUGGAAAUAUAUAAUGGAGUAGAGCUCCCAACAACCUAAUAUUACCUUUUAGAAAUUUAAAAUAGUAUUAAUUUGUUUGUCAUGGCUUGAGGCACUAAACUUUGUCUUUCAGGUGAGUAGCUGUAGUUUUGAGAGAGGCUGCUACUCUUAGUUCCUCUGCUUCCCAUGGCCUAUGAUCCCGUUCUCCCAUUUAUUCCCCCAAAGGUGCCCUUGCACUGCUAAUCUGAUCCAAGAAGCUGCUGCAGCAUCCAAAACAGCCUCUUUGUGAGGCUUAUAUUUAUAUUUAGCUUUCUAAGAUCCUGGUUCUAGGGAAAUUUUACAGACACUUAACAUAUUUCUUUUUUUUAUUCUAAUGUUCCUUCUAAUUGAUGAAAAUCUAUAUUCCCAUGCAAACUCAAAAUGCUAUAUUUUUAACAGCACUCCAGCAUUUUUCUUCAUUUAUCACCUUUACUGACUCCACUAAGUCAUUGAGCAUCUGUACGUAUCCUUCACCACCCCCAAUCUCAGUACCUGUGUCAGCAAAGGAAGUGGACGCAUUAGAUGGUUGUGAGAGUGAUGCAGAGAAAGAGGUGAGUGGAGGCUGCCCGGCUAUUCUUGAGCUGGAUAGUUACACUUUGGUAACUUCUGACACUCCUUCCACAUCCUCACUGUGCACUGAUACAAAAGGUAUUUGCACUCUCCUAGUUAUAAUAUCACAUAAGAUAAAGAGGAGACAGCUAUUUGUUGAAGAAGACACAAUUCUUAAGAAGAAUGGGCAUCAUCCCUUCUGGCCCCAUUACAGUGCUGCUUUCUCAGGUUCCUAUCCAUCUACACAAACUCCCUGAAUAGAUUGUCUGUUUUUCUUAUCAUUACUCUGGAUCCACCUCCUUAUAUGGCCUCAGCACUUCAUUCAUCAUUUCUUAUCUGUUUCUUCCCAUUUGUUUGUAUAACUUAGAUAUCCACAGUGGUGAUUUGUUGAAUAUCAUACCUCACAAUUCCUCAUUCUUCUGAGUUCUGAUGUAGUCCAUCAGUAUUCUGUGUCUGUAAUCUACCAACAAAGACAUAAUAUUAAACUCACAGCUUAGUAUUUCAUCUUUGAGACUUUUGGUAAACCAAGGGAUACUGUAUAAAGAAAAGUGACUAAUACAAAGUACAAGCCAAAUUUUAUGCAUCCAACAUAGGAUGUCCUUUAAAUCAGGUAGUUCUACUUAUUCUAAAUACUAUAUUCCAAGAGUUCUAUUCCUCUAUAUAUUUGAAACAUUCUUAGAAUUCCCAAUAAACCAUACAAGAAAACCCUCUAUUAUUCUUAGUCAUAUUUCAUUUUUGAGCAGUUUAUUAGACACUCAUUCACCAGGCUUGGAAUUGAAUACUUGCUUUUCAAAAUUAAUCUUCAAACUUGAAAUUAUUACUUUAAACCUAUUCAGAAGACAGUUACAUGGGUUCUAAUGAAAACUCCAAGAGAAAUAAUGCAAUUUCACACUGUGACUAUCCUGAAAAGGGAUAAUAAAUAUGUUGUUUUAUGAUAUGUUUGAAAAAAAUCAUAAAAUCUUACCUCAUAGAAAUCCACCUUUGAAACAAUCAUAAAUUUCUUCUCUAUAACAGUCCUCUCUACCUCCCUAUGGUCCACCUUGACCAUCUACAACAUCAAGAUUAUUAUCUACUAUUAUCUACAUUUAUUUCAUUGAACCAUCAAUACCUUCUUAUCACUUGUCAUCCUAGUUUGUUUAGUUAACUUUUUCAGAACAGUUCAUUUUG